GGAUAAAUUGCAACUUAAAUAAUUUCCCAAAUUUGACCAACUCCAGGCAUUCACAAUUUUGAGCCAAUGCUAUGAUUUUUCAAAUUGCAAGGACGUUCAAAAUGUAUUCGAGACCUGACCAUUAAAUUUAAUGUUUCCGUUUCAUUACUUGCUCAACUAGCCCCUUCAAUAUUAAAAUCGUAAAAGAGCUGUUUAAUUUCGAAUCAGCCGCAAGCUUUGUUGUUCCUUAAUAUUAUCUUCAAAAGUACUUCAAGAUGGUAUCCAAAACCCGUUAUAUAUUAUCAUUAAAUUUAAUGUCCCUGAUUUAUUUGUUGUUAAACCGACCGUAUUUGAUCUCGAAAAAUUGAUAAACUUGUUCAAUCACAUAAAGCUGGUCACACUUACUGAAUUUAAAUUCAGGGUGAACCAGAUUCCAGAGGGUGUCUGGCAAAUUAUGUCUGGCAAAGCGGGGACAACGAAUCACCAGAACCACGCGACCGAUUCCAGUCCUUGGGUGGAAUGGCGCCAAGGUGUGCUGACAACCCUGAUUGCCCUAUUCUACACCGUCCUAAUUGUGGUUUCCAUUCUGGUGUGCGUGUUCUCUGUGUUGUCCAUCUACAAAGCUAGUCAGACCCCUGUGACCUCAACCACUAUACUGCAGCAAGACAGUCCCUACGAUCCCCCAGUGUUUAUCUUGUUCACGCAUGAGCACGACGGGAAGUUUCCAGGAUGCAGUUGUUUCUACUUCAAUUACUCCGUGAGCAGUCAGCCCAUAGAUUGCACCACCCACGUGCUCAAGAGCACAAACGCCAGGUACCUGAAGUACAUGUUGCCUGAAGUUUAUAAUAAGCACAAGGACACGCUUCAAGAGAAUGAGCUUCAGUUUGCAUAUUUCAGAGGGCCCAGAUACUGGGCGAAAAGCGAGACCCUGGAAAUAAACUGUACCCUGUCAAUAAGAAGUGAGCCGAACGAAAACAAAAUUGAGUACCUCUUUCUGCCAGAUUGGAACGAAUUUCAACAAAUAGACGACUCUGAAAAAGACAUAGCAAUUUAUUCUCAUCUUUUGAAACAUCCCGGCAUGCGUUUCUUUCCGUUCGGCUUCGAAAAUUUUGUCAUCAUUAGUCGAACUGAAAUACGAGAAGCGGUGGAAGACGCCAAACCGACUAUCCGACUUGAAACCGAGACAAGUUUGUCACUCGUGGACCCGGAAGGUUUCAUCGGAAGAUCUGAGACGAACAAGACGAGUGUUCAAGUCGGCGUCCAAUGGAAAGAUGGUUACAUAACAGACGUUCGGAGUUUCAUAACGGCCACGAAAUGGAGCGCAGUAUCUGUCAUUUCUACUAUGUUGCUGAUGCUCGAAAAAGCGUACGGGUUCGCGACUCGGAUUUACGCUUCUGUUAAAUCCGAUCGCGAAAAGAAAAAAAUUUAUCGUCAAAAUCAGCAGCGAUUGCUGAGUCAGCGGCGAACGAACGGAACGUUGCCAGAACCUGUCGUUUUAUCGGAGCAGUCGCCAAAAGCCGAGAAAAAACGAAAACGAAAGCAAGCUGGAUUAAAGCAGCGAAAUAAUGGGUUCGGGUUGGGAUCGAAGUUCUCAGCGAAGAGUGCCGAGCAAAAUAUUAUCGGCAACUCAGAGCUUGAAAACAGUGUCUAUUUCCCGAGUCAAAAUUACUCGGUUAGAUCAGCCGAUUACAGUUCGUUUGAUCGCAAUGACGUCUUCAAUAACACACGACAGAGUUUACAGAAUUUAUACAACGGUGAUUUUUACGAAAACAGGGGCGAAAUUUCCAGAUUUGAUAUGAUGCGAGUUGAGAGAAAUUUGAGUGAAAUUAAUUUUAUUCUUCAGAAUUAUCACCAGAACUCUAAUGGACGGAAUGUCAGCAAUGCAAACGGCGCUUUGGGCGUCCAUAUGUCUAUUGAUUGCACUAAUGGAAAAGUAUAUUCAUCACUGCCGCCGCAGGAGAAAUCGUGAUUAUUUUCCACACUACUACAUUUUUGAAGCACAGGCUAAAUUUAAAUCACAUAAUUGUAGUUUUAGAUACAUAUCUUCAUGUCAUUUUUGAUAAAGAUAAAUAUGCUUGUUCUGGUCCAAAAUGUUUAUCUGAUUUUUUAAUUUUUUAAAUCAUUCAUGUUUGUAAUCUAUGAGAAGUACUUUAUAA